AUGAAUCACAAUUAUCAAUAUAAUAACAACAUAGAUCACUUAGCUCAAUCUAAUAAAGAACAACAGCAAAGAGAUCAAUUGUUACAAGUCGAAAGUGAGGUACGUAUUAUAGAAAACUCAAUACAAAAUGCUGAGGAAGAACUAAAAACAAUCACCAAAGAACGUAUUAUGUUACAAGCUCAGCAAAGCAAACAUGAACAAGAAUUAUCUGCAUAUAAUAUUCAACUUACUCAAAUGACAAAUGAAAUGCAACGAAUCCACAAUGAAUUACACAAGCUACAAGAAGAACAAAAAAAUCUUAUUAUGGAGAGAGAUCGAAUACAAACGGAACUUAAUCGCCAACAAACAGUUCUUCGUUCGGAAGAUAGAAAAUUGCAAGAGCUUCAGAAUAAAAUGAGAAAUCUAGAAAAUGAAAAACAUCAAAUUGAACAGCAUCGAAUCGAAUUAACAGAAGCCUUACGACAGAGUGAAGCUAAUCGGCAAGAUCUUGAACGACAAAUGGCUGCUGCUGAUGUUGAAAUUAGUGCACUCGUGAGACAAAUUGAACAACUUCGCCAACAAAUUCAAAUAGUUGAACAGGCAGUUCAGGAGCUAAACGAUCAAAUUCAAGAAAAUGUCGAUCAAAUAAAUGAACUUGAAGAGAAAAUUGCUGAACAUAAAAAAACAAUACAAGAAAUCGAUAUGGAAAAAAUCCGAAUUGAAGCAGAAAUCGAACAUAUUCAAGAUAGAAUUUCUAGAAUUCAAAUGAUCAUUGAUCUGAAAAACGAUCAAGAAAAAGAUCUCUCUCAAUAUCAAGAGAAACGUGAACAAGAACGAGAAGAAGCAUCGAAAACAUUGAAAAAUGCUCUAACAAGAUGUGAUGAAUUGAAAGAAGCAAUCAAUUCAUUAGAAAGAGACUUGAAAACGAUGAGAGAACAACUAGCGAAACUUAACACCGAACUGCUCCAACUAGAAGACAAAAAGCGUCAGGCAACAAAUGAAGAGAUUUUAGCUAGAGAAGCAGUUGCUUUGGCUCAACAAGAAUGUGAAAAACUUAAAGCAGAAACUAUUCAGAUAGAAGCAACAUUACAAGAAAAACAGCAAGAAAAUAAUCAUGCGAAAACUAAAAUGACAGAACUUGAAAAUGCACUAAAAACAAAACAAGCAGAAUUGACGAAAAUCGUCGAAAAAGUCAAUCAACUCGAUCAAAAUUUAAAAAAUUGUGAACGAAAGCUAGAAGAAGCCAUUAGGCUACGAGAUCAACAUAAAGAGACAUUGCGUCGAGAAGAAGAAAACGAGCGGAAAGCACAAAAUGCAGUUCAAGAACAAGAUAUGAUAGUAAAAGAUGCUCAAAAUAAACUCAAUCAAUCUGAAUUAGACGAAAGUGAAGCAAAAUCUGCUUAUGAUGAAGCAAAGAGAUUAGAAGAAGAAGCUAAUAGAGAAUUGCAGGAAGCAAAAAAUGAGAUGAACCAACUUGAAAGUGCCCUGCGGCUUGCACAAGCGGCUCUGGUCAUUGCAUCCGUAGGAUCGAUGUUAUUGAUCGGAGCCGUAGGUGCGGCUGAGUACGCUCUUAAUUCCUUUCGAUCAACGUUGGCGAAUGCUGAACGGACGGCUGCGUCACGAAAGGAAGAACGUGUGCAGCGAUACAAUGCUCACCAAACAGCAGUUCAGAAGAAAGCAGCAGCACAUACGCAUUUACAAGCAGAACAACUAAAACUUGAAACACGACGUCGAGAAUUACAUAAUCAAACUGAAACAAAAAAUCGUGCUAAAUAUGAACUUGAUCAACAAGAAAAUGUGGUGAGCGCUCUUACAGAUGAUCGAAAUAAGCUUGACGAUGAACUCACAGAUGCUAAACGUCAACAAUUAACCAAAGAAAAUGAAAUUAAAGAUCAAGAAAACGAAAUUUCAAAUCAAAAAACAAUCGUCGAGCAAUUGGAUAAAGAGCUCACUGUAAUCAAUACUGAAAAAAACGAUGUUGAAAAAAGAACCAUUGCAGCUACUCAAGUCCAAAACGCUGCAGUUGAACGUCAUCGGAACGCUGAAGAAGUAUUCACCGAAGUGACACAUACAUUAAAAAAUAAAGGUACUGAGCAACAGCUGACACUUGAGAAAAUUGAUCAGAAGAACAUGGAACUCGAAGCAAAAAAUACUGAAGUUCGUGAAAAAGAAGCGGAAGUUAUCAAUGCACAAAAUAAAGUACGAGCGAUCGACGAAGAUUUACAAAUGCUUAAGAAAACUAAAGCCGAGUUACAAAAAGACAGGAACGAUCAACAGCGUGCUAUUCAAAUAGAACAGCAAAAACGAGAUGAAAAUAAAGAAAAACGUCGUGAAAUCCAAAAGCAAUUAAAAGAAAUUACAAAUGAAAAAGAGACAUUGAUAAAAAAGCAGACCGAUAUCAAACGACAAUUGAAAACAAAAAAUACUGAAUUACUCAACAAAGCAAAGCAAGUGCAGAAUAUCGAAGCACAAAUCAACAGUCGGCAAGGAAAACAUAGUACAAUCACACUUCAACGUGAUCAUCAACAAACCGAAACGAGACGAUUAAAAGGAGAAAUAAGUAGUAUUGAACAAAAAGUGCAAGAUAAAAAUCGUCAAAUUCAACAAUUUAAUCUAAAGAUACAAGAGCAAGAACAAAAUAAACAGACGUCUGAAAAAAAUAUCAGAGAAAGCAAACAAAAUCUCACUCGUCUUGAACAACGUCUUGAUCCUCUCAAUACACAAGUUCAGGACAAACAAACGAUCUACAAUGAACAAUAUAAUGCACAUAGUAAGCUGAGCAGUGAGAUGGAAGCACGUAAAAUGUCCAAAGCUGUCAUCGAUCAACAGCUCAGCGAACUCAACGGAAAAGAGAUAUCAAAACAGAUUGAAAUACGAACACAAGUACGCCGUUUUGGAGCACAAAAAAUUUCUUUAAAUCAACUUCAACAGCAAAGUACUCAGAAUGUUAAUGUACAACAGUCACAACAUCAAAGAAGAUAUAUUCUACAUGACAACGAAUAUCAAACAAAAGCGUAUAAAAAUGAAAAUAAAUAG